AUGAAUUUCGAAUCACCAUUCUCACCAUCCCAUAUGGUAUUACCUCCUACAAUACAUGUACAACCUUUAACUCCAACUGUUAUCAACAACAGUAAACUACAAUUUGAAGACGAACCCAGACCACAGACAAAUCGUACAUUGAGUCUACCCUCUAGUUCCGAAGAAGAAGAAGAAGAAGAAGAGGACGAUGAGGAAGAUGAUAACUUAUCCUUGGAUAAUGUCAGCGAGAGUUCAACUACACCACCACCAACUCCUUGUUUGCCAGAAUCUCAUGACAACAACAACAACAACAAUAAGAUCUAUACAAGUAAUUCUACUGAUACUUAUCUUCAUUUCAUUGAACCUAGACCAGUUCCACCUCCAUCUUAUGAUACUUUACCACCGGGAGGUUGUCCGAGAUUUCCUGUAUCUGCACCACCGAUUUUUUCCUUUUCCACGGACAUGAAUACUGAUGCAACCGAUUAUUCUCGCCCGCCUGCAUACAAACCGGCUAUCUACAAAAUAGGAGUAGUUGCAAGAAAGAUUGAAUGGAUCAAUAGUCAGGAGUUGUCUCCUAAUAGAUCAUGGAAGUAUUAUAUCAUUGAGUUGAACUCGACUCAACUUAAUUUCUACAAUAUCCCAAGUCGUCAUGAAUUACAAGUUGUCAACUUUCGCUCUAGCCCCUUGUUGAGACAACAACCGAUCGAUAAUUUGGAUUCUAUUUUCACCGAUCAUGAAGAUUAUCAAUUUUAUAGAAUGGUUAAAUCAUUAGGGUUGUUGGAUUCAAAAAAUAUAACCAGAAAUAGAAAUAGAAAACAACACAAGGCGUUGGAUAAAUCUUAUUCUUUACAAAAUGCUAAAAUCGGUUUAGCUAGUGAUUAUAAAAAACGUACUAAUGUGUUGCGUAUGAAGGUUGAAGAUGAACAAAUAUUGCUUAACUUUUCCACCGUCCAGGAUGUCAUCAACUGGCACUUGCUGCUUUGUGUUGGUAAAGAUGUCUCUGUUGAUUUGACAGAGAGAGAGUUGCCAAAGUAUAGAACCGUUCCUAGAAGAAGACGCAGAAGAAGUAGAGACCAUGGUAAUAAUAAUAAUACCAAUAAUCAUCAUCAUCAUCAUCAUCAUCAUAAUACUAGUGGUAGCAGUAAUAGUAGUAGUGUUGUUACCUCCACUAGUAGUAGCAGUGGAAGUCAUAGCAAUGGGUCAUUACUCAAUACAAUCCAUCAUAAUGGUUCAUUUGCAAGACUUCGGUCCGCUUCGGAUCCAAACAAAUUUAAAGGAAGAUUCUCAAGAUUGAAAUCAAAAAUAUCUGGAUAUAAUAAAACACUUGCUGAACCUGCUCCUAUUUCCGUUUCAUCAUCUAACAUGUCGAUUGGUUAUACAUCUCGUGGUACUUCUCCAAUUAGAAGUACAUCAGCAUUCCAAUCUAUUUCUCCAGUACAAAGACCUCCUUCUCCUGUAUUUAUUACUCCACCUGCUGCCAGUGUGGAAAGAUCAUAUUCUGCUCCAAACUUGAGAAAUGUACUUGCACAAGAAUCGCUGCAACAUGAAUCAUCACAUGCUGAAGAUGAAGAAGAAGAGGAAGAAGAUGACGACGAUUUUGAUCAGGCAUCAAUAAGUUCAGUUGAUAAUUCUCAUGAGGAUCAAUUUAAUUCUUACACUUAUAAAUGGGACCCAGUUCCAAAGAAGUUUGACUUGCGUAAAUAUCAUCGUGAUUGUUUAAGAUGUAUCAAACCUCUUUAUUAUAGUUAA